AUGGCGACCACUUCCAACAUGUUCCUUUACUCGCUGACGAUCCAGCCGCCAACCAAUGUCGUCCAAGCGGUCCUGGGUCAGUUCGCGGGGACCAAGGAGCAGCUCAUCAUCACCGGUGCUGGGUCACGGCUGGCUCUGUUGCGGCCUGAUCCGUCACAGGGCAAGGUUAUCACUCUUUUGUCUCAUGACAUUUUUGGCAUCAUCAGGUCUCUGGCGGCCUUUCGCCUCGCAGGCAGCAAUAAGGAUUACUUGAUCUUAGCCACUGAUUCUGGUCGAAUCACCAUCAUUGAGUAUCUUCCGAGGGAGAACCGAUUUAGCAGGUUGCAUCUGGAGACUUUUGGAAAAUCUGGUGUGCGGAGAGUCAUUCCUGGAGAAUACCUCGCGUGUGAUCCCAAGGGACGUGCGUGUCUUGUUGCUUCAAUAGAGAAGAACAAGCUCGUAUACGUGCUCAAUCGAAACUCUCAAGCGGAACUCACAAUCUCGUCGCCUCUCGAAGCCCACAAGCCUGGUGUGUUGGUCAUUUCUAUGGUGGCACUAGACGUUGGAUAUGCCAAUCCCGUGUUCGCCGCCCUAGAAAUAGACUAUACCGAGGUGGAUCAAGAUUCUACUGGGGAAGCUUUGCGAGAGCUGGAAACACAGCUUGUGUACUAUGAGCUUGAUCUCGGACUCAAUCACGUCGUCAGAAAGUGGUCCGAGCCUGUAGACUCAACAGCGUCACUGCUAUUCCAGGUACCGGGUGGUAACGAUGGCCCAAGCGGCGUCCUGGUCUGUGGCGAGGAAAAUAUUACAUAUCGCCAUUCCAACCAAGAGGCCUUUCGAGUUCCGAUCCCUCGACGGCGGGGAGCAACAGAGGACCCUUCAAGAAAGCGCACCAUUGUUUCCGGUGUUAUGCACAAACUAAAGGGCAGCGCCGGCGCCUUCUUCUUCUUGCUUCAAACAGAAGACGGCGACAUGUUCAAGGUCACCAUCGAUAUGGUGGAAGAUGAGGAAGGCAAUACCACAGGAGAGGUCAGACGACUCAAGAUCAAGUAUUUUGACACAGUCCCGGCUGCGUCAAACCUCUGCAUUCUGAAGAGUGGUUUCCUCUACGUUGCCAGCCAGUUCGGAAACUUCUCCUUCUACCAGUUUGAAAAACUGGGAGAUGACGACGAAGAGCUAGAAUUCACCAGCGACGACUUUCCCGUCGAUGCACAGGCCUCCUACACACCUGUUUAUUUCUAUCCCAGGCCACUGGAAAAUCUAGUUCUCGUAGAGAGCAUUCCCUCCAUGAAUCCCCUCCUCGACUGCAAAAUUGCCAACCUGACCGGCGAGGAUGCUCCUCAAAUUUACACCGUUUGUGGCAAUGGUGCUCGAAGCACAUUCCGGACGCUCAAGCAUGGGCUUGAAAUUAAUGAAAUCGUAUCUUCCGAGCUACCAGGUAUCCCAUCAGCAGUUUGGACGCUGAAGCUGAACCGGAGUGAGCAAUAUGACGCUUACAUCGUUCUCUCUUUUACCAACGGAACUCUUGUUCUUAGUAUAGGAGAGACGGUGGAAGAAGUAAGCGACUCCGGGUUUCUUACUAGUGUUCCCACCCUAGCUGCCCAGCUGCUCGGCGACGAUGGUCUAAUUCAAGUUCAUCCCAAGGGUAUCAGGCACAUCCGCAAUGGACAGGUCAACCAAUGGGACGCCCCCCAGCAUCGAUCUAUUGUGGCCGCCUCUACCAACGCUCACCAGGUGGCGAUUGCUCUGAGUUCGGGCGAGAUUGUCUAUUUCGAGAUGGACGAUGAUGGUUCCUUGGCAGAGUAUGAUGAUAAGAAAGAAAUGUUUGGGACAGUCACUUGCUUGAGUCUGGGCGAAGUCCCCGAGGGCAGACUGCGAAGCUCGUUUCUUGCAGUCGGAUGCGAUGACUGUACAGUCCGCAUAUUGAGUCUCGACCCGGAAUCUACGCUUGAAAACAAGUCAGUCCAAGCGCUGACAGCUGCACCUACCUCUCUCGCUAUCAUAUCCAUGGAGGACUCAUCUUCCGGCGGUUCAACUCUCUACCUGCAUAUCGGCCUUUACUCAGGCGUGUACCUACGCACAGUUUUGGACGAAGUUACUGGCGAAUUAACAGACACCAGACAAAAGUUCUUGGGACCGAAGCAGGUGAGACUAUUCCAAGUAACAGUCCAAGGAAGGACGUGUGUACUUGGUCUUAGCUCUCGGCCUUGGCUCGGAUACGCCGAUCCCAUCACCAAGAGCUUUGUGGUCACACCGCUCAGCUACGUUGACUUGGAAUGGGGCUGGAAUUUUACUAGUGAGCAAUGCGAAGAAGGUAUCGUGGGCAUUCAAGGACAGACCUUGCGCAUUUUCUCGGUUGAUCGGCUUGGAGACACGCUGAUCCAGAAUUCUAUUCCCCUGACCUAUACGCCCAAGAAGAUGGUGAAGCAUCCGGAGCAUCCUCUCUUCUACGUAAUCGAAGCGGAUAAUCAUACUCUAUCCCCUGACCUUUGUGCGAAAUUGCUCGCCGACCCAGCACGUGUCAAUGGUGACGCCAAAGUUCUUUCCCCAGAAGAAUUUGGCCAUCCCAGAGGCAACAGACGCUGGGCUUCAUGCAUCAGCGUCGUUGAUCCCCUGGCUGAAGAUGGUCAGGCUCUACAAAAGAUAGAUUUAGAUGAAAACGAGGCCGCGGUCAGCCUCGCCAUCGUUACGUUUGCCAGCCAAGAUAACGAAACCUUCCUUGUUGUUGGAACCGGUAAAGAUAUGGUCGUGAACCCUCGCAGUUUUUCUGACGCGUAUGUCCAUAUCUACCGGUUCGAACAAGAGGGUAGAGGCUUGGUUUUCAUUCAUAAAACGAAGGUUGAAGAGCCUCCGAUGGCCAUCAUUCCUUUCCAAGGGCGCGUGCUGGUGGGCAUUGGCAAAAUACUUCGCAUAUACGAUCUCGGCAUGCGACAACUGCUGCGGAAGACGCAAGCUGAAGUAGCACCACAGCUUAUUAAUUCUUUGAGCACACAAGGCAACAGAAUCAUUGUGGGAGACGUGCAGCAAGGUAUAACAUAUGUCGUCUAUAAACAAACGACAAACAAGCUCAUUCCUUUCGUGGAUGACACCGUUGCUCGAUGGACGACUUGCUCAACAAUGGUAGAUUAUGAGACAGUAGCUGGAGGAGACAAAUUUGGCAACAUUUUCGUCGUUCGCUCUCCUCAGAAGGCCAGUGAAGAGGCCGAUGAGGAGCAAGCAGGGCUUCACCUGCUAAAUGCGAGAGACUACCUUCACGGACGGUCUCAUCGCCUGGAUCUAAUGUGUCACCUCUACACACAGGACAUUCCGACGAGUAUUACCAAAACGAGUCUUGUUGUCGGAGGACAGGAUGUUCUGUUGUGGAGUGGCCUUAUGGGCACAAUUGGUGUCCUAAUUCCUUUUGUCACCCGAGAAGAUACAGAUUUUUUCCAAAGCUUAGAACUGCAUCUGAGGGCCGAAGAUCCUCCACUCGCAGGCCGAGACCAUUUAAUGUAUCGCAGUUACUACGCACCCGUGAAGGGCGUCAUCGAUGGCGAUCUCUGUGAGAGAUACACACUGCUUCCAAAUGAUAAGAAGCAGAUGAUUGCAGCCGAGCUGGACCGCUCUGUCCGAGAAAUUGAGCGGAAAAUUUCGGAUAUCCGAACUCGGUCUGCAUUUUAGAGCGUUUGGAAUUUUUUUAAUAUUAUUGUGGUAUAAGUGAUGAUAUAUAUAAGUGUAGCUAAGCAAGGUUAAAGGAUGACGGCGUUAUAUACGGGCUUAUAUAUGCCGUUUGGGUUCGGCAAAGCAUCCAAGGAAAUGAUGCUCGUGCAGAUUUUGCACGUUUACAUGAAAUAUGAACUUCUAAUAACCCAUUUCUCUGACAAUAAAACCAUG